CGGGGUACUACUGGCGCGUGGUGGUGACUAGUGACUCGACUCUGACUAUUGAGUCUGACUGAGCUUUAGAUAAAUCAGAGGAAAUCCCUGCAAUAGUAAUGAAUAAGGAAGAUGCUAUUCUGUAUUUCACUGAGUACAUGUCUACAAACCAGGACAUCUCUGCUGCAGUGGCUGCUAUCAACACUCUAAUUGAAUACCUGAAAUUAAGUCAAGCUGAGACAUUAGCUGGUCUUCGAGAUGGGCUGAAGGAAUGCAUCAGAUGGUUGAUGGAAACAGAUAGUUCAGUAACAGCUAUCUCAUCAGGAUGCGAGCUGUUCCUAAGAUUUAUCACUCUUGCAGCCUUAGAUCACAAGAAUUUUGAUGAAUGCAAGAAGAUCUUAGUAAACCGAGGUAAUAUGUACCUAGACACUGUAGCCGGGUCAAGAGAUAAGAUUGCUAAGCUUGGUCAUCCAUUCAUCACCGAUGGAGCAAAUGUUCUGACCCACUCCUAUUCACGGGUUGUUAUGAAGGUUCUUAUAGAGGCAUCCAAAGCUAAGAAACGAUUCAAUGUGUUUGUUACUGAAUCUUGUCCGGAUAAAUCAGGAUUGAAGAUGGCCAAGGAGUUAGAAGACAACGGGAUACCAACCGUCAUCAUCCUUGACUCGGCAGCAGGAUACUUGAUGGAGCGGAUUGACAUGGUGAUCAUGGGAGCAGAAGGAAUUGUUGAAAGUGGAGGAAUCAUUAAUAAGAUAGGGACUUAUCAGAUAGCAAACUGUGCUAAGGUGGCUAAUAAACCAGUCUAUGUUGUAGCAGAGAGUUUCAAGUUUGUUAGAAUGAUCUACCCAUUAAACCAACAAGAUGUCCCUGAUGAAUACAAGUACCCGGCCUCUAAAAUGAAGCUCAACGCUGAUCUAAAUCAUGAACAUCCUCUCAUUGACUACACUCCUCCUGCAUUCAUCACGUUACUCUUCACAGACUUAGGCGUUCUUACACCUUCCGGUAUAAGUGAUGAACUGAUCAAACUAUAUUUAUGAUUCAAGAUGGCAUUCAUUACAUUACUCUUCAAAGACUCCAUCAUGGUCUGGUACCAGUAAUGAACCAGUCAAAGUAUAUUUAUGAUGCUAGAUGGCAUUCAUUACUCUUCACAGACUUAGGCUUUCUUACACUGUCUGGUAAUGAACUCUGGUCAGUGGUUCAUCAUUCUAUAUCAAGGAGAAGGAGUGCUACUUCCAUAGAUGAUAGAUUGCCACAGCAUCAGAUUGAACUCUACGCAAUCUGUCAGAAGGCUACGGAUUUGUUUAUUACAUUAUCAGCGUAUCACACUCUCCUGUAAAAUCAUUAAUUUAUAUCUAUAUUACUGGAGUCAUCUAGACUUUGUGUAUAGUACCGGUACUUUGUGUGUCCUCACUCUGACUAUUCCAUUUAAAUGAAAUAUUUCUCUGUAGUGAUAUUGAAUCAUCUACAUUACUACACCCAGGUGUAGUAAACCCGGUCGGAAGAAAUUCCUUGAAUGCUCGAGCGCCCAAUCAGGGUAGCCAUGUAAACCCGGUAGGAAGAAAAUCCUUGAAUGCGCCCAAUCAGGGUAGCCAUGCUAAAGCCAGGGUAAUAGUGUACAGCGCUUAGGAACAUUGUAUUAAGCGCUAUAUAAAUGUUUGACAUUAUUAUUGUUAUUUGUUUAUUGUGGUCUGAUAGUUCUAACUCACACCUUUAAAACAGAGGGAAAGGUUUUAGAAUCCCAACAAUCGAAUUAAUUAUACCUCCGCCAACGAGGUUUUGAAAGGGGUACAUUAAGAAUAGGCAUAUGGAUGGGGUGGCUGUUGCAACUUGCAAAUCUUAGAGAUCAAACUACUUCCUCAGUUUCUGCCCAAUGCCCAUGAUACAUGGCGCUCAAUUUGGUCUCGAAGUGAAGAUGUACAUGACAUAAUCUUGUAAUAUGUUGCGUAAUAUGUUGCCAUGGUCACAGCAUAUAAUACCAUUAAAUCUUGAAUAUCUUGCUGAGAGAACUACUUCCUCAUUUUUCAUCCAGUGAUCAUAAAAACUGAUACGCAUUGGUCUUAGAUUGAAGACAUCAAACUAAAAGGCAUAUUUUAGAAAUUAUAUUACUAAUUUUCCUUAGCAAGAAAUUCAUCCAAAUUGUGCUGAGGCCGACUAUGUUUAGUGAUAGUGUACCUGGUAGGAAUAUGCAUUUAACACUUGAUAAAUGACUUUAUUUUCAUGAAGUAACCUUUUACUUUGUUUCUUCUCAAGUCUUGCCAGUCUCCCACAAAUGUGUUUUAAAAUCUUUACAAUUUCCAUACAGCCAUAAUUUUAUUUUGAGAAGACAAAAUUAAAUAUCUUGUAUCUUGUAAUUAGCAUACAGGGCACAGGCCAUCUCCACCGUUUCAUAAAAAAAUGUUUAACAUUUAAAUGCAGUUAUGUUGUUCAUUUCCUCUAAUUUGACAUCUGAUUUAUGUAAAAAUUUGCCUUUCUUACCACUCAGAAAAUACAUUGGCCAGUAUUCUGAAGUCAGGUUUAACUAACACCAUGGUCUAAUUAUGGAAAGUCAAAAAUUUCAAAAUUUUGUUUGCAUUCUAGAUUUAUUCUGUUUUCAGUGCUCUUUCAUUAUACUAUAAUGGCAAAGGAAACAAAUUCAACUUUUUUCCCAGACAUUUAUGAAUGAUCAGAGUAAUAGAUGAGCUGAUUGAUCAAACCUUUACUGUUAGAGAUAUUUCACUGUUGGCUAUCCAUAGUUAAACCCCAAAUUUAGACCACAGAUUGAAUUAAACCUGACUUCAGAAUACGGGUCAAUGAGUUAAAUAUCUUUUAAAUCUCAUCUCAUUGUUUUCGUGACCUGGCUCCAUCUCUUAUUUAAUGUAUGUUAUACUUUGUUUACUUAUGUUAUGCAAGACAAAACUUUAUGGUAAACAUGGGUUUUGGAUUGAGACAAAUUGAUCCAGUUUGGCAAU